GAUGGUGAGUAGUCGUGAGCGGUAGGAACAGGAGUGGAGUUGGGGCACUAGGAAGAGGGGGCGGUGACCAUUGCAGCAGUUUACUCUCCUAAUAAAAACUAAUACUCGAAUAACUUAUUAACGUUCCUUCGACAUCUUGUUUCGCUUUACAACUAACAUAAAGAAGCAUUAUACUUCGCGCCUAAGUGUGAGUUGGCAGCAUGGCGCAGCCGGACACCAAGAAAUUCUUCGAGAAUCUCUCCGGCGCUGGGAAAUCCAUCGCAGUUCUGACAAGUGGAGGAGAUGCCCAAGGAAUGAAUGCAGCUGUGCGGGCUGUUGUUCGUAUGGGUAUCUAUGUAGGAGCUAAAGUCUACUUCAUUCAUGAGGGUUACCAGGGAAUGGUGGAUGGUGGUGAUAACAUUGAGGAGGCAUCCUGGGAAAGUGUGUCCAGCAUGUUACAAGUGGGUGGCACGGUGAUCGGCAGUGCCCGUUGCAAGGAGUUCCGCUGCCAUGAGGGGCGCCUGAAGGCAGCGCACCAUUUGGUGCAGCGUGGCAUCACCAACCUGUGUGUGAUUGGAGGAGACGGCAGUCUGACCGGGGCUAACCUCUUCAGGGAGGAGUGGAGCGGCCUAUUGGAGGAGCUGAUUCAGCAGGGAAAGAUUGAUGAGGAAGCUGCCCAAACCCACUCUGAGCUGCACAUUGUGGGGAUGGUGGGCUCCAUCGAUAAUGACUUCUGUGGCACCGACAUGACCAUCGGGACGGACUCUGCCCUGCACAGAAUCAUCGAGGUGGUGGAUGCCAUCAUGACCACUGCACAGAGCCACCAGAGGACAUUUGUGUUGGAGGUCAUGGGCAGGCAUUGUGGGUACUUGGCUCUGGUGAGUGCUCUGGCCUGUGGGGCUGACUGGGUGCUGAUCCCGGAGAUGCCUCCUGGGGAUGGCUGGGAGGACCACAUGUGCCAGAAACUGUCUGAGAGUCGUUCCAGGGGGUCAAGGCUGAAUAUUAUCAUAGUGGCAGAAGGAGCCAUUGACAGGCAUGGAAAUGCUAUUACCUCAAAUUUUGUCAAGGAUCUUGUUGUAAAGUGUCUGGGCUUCGAUACCCGAGUCACCAUCCUGGGCCAUGUCCAGAGAGGAGGAACCCCUUCUGCCUUUGACAGAAUCCUGGCCAGUCGUAUGGGCGUGGAGGCUGUCCUGGCCCUGCUGGAGGCCUCUCCCACCACCCCUGCCUGUGUGGUGUCUCUGUGUGGGAACCAAGCUGUUCGCCUGCCCCUCAUGGAGUGUGUUCAGAUGACCCAAGAAGUUCAGAAAGCCAUGGAUGAGAAGAAGUUUGAGGAAGCUGUUAGACUGCGUGGCAGGAGCUUUGAAAACAACUUAAACACAUACAAGCUUCUUUCUUACCGGAAAGCAGACUCUGAACUUCCAAAUAGCACCUUCAAUGUGGCAGUGCUGAACGUGGGCGCCCCUGCUGCCGGGAUGAACGCUGCCGUUCGCUCGGCCGUGCGAGUGGGCAUCACCGAGGGCCACAAGAUGUUCGCCGUCAGCGAUGGGUUCGAAGGCUUCUACAAGGGACAGAUUAAGGAGAUUAAAUGGGGAGACGUAGGUGGCUGGACUGGCCAAGGAGGAUCCAUACUUGGGACAAAAAGAACCCUUCCAGCAAAGCAUACUGAGAAGAUCGCUGAGCAAAUGAGGAUACAUAAUAUCAAUGCACUACUCGUCAUUGGUGGAUUUGAGGCCUAUCUGGGACUGAUGGAGCUGUCCGCUGCCAGGGAGAAAUACAAUGAGUUCUGUGUCCCUAUGGUCAUGGUGCCGGCCACAGUCUCCAACAAUAUACCUGGCUCUGACCUCAGUAUUGGCGCAGACACGGCUCUGAAUGCCAUUACUGAUACCUGUGACCGCAUCAAGCAGUCAGCCAGUGGGACCAAGCGCCGUGUGUUCAUCAUUGAGACCAUGGGGGGCUACUGUGGCUACCUGGCCAGUGUGGGGGGGCUGGCUGCGGGGGCCGACGCUGUCUACAUUUAUGAGGAGCCCUUCGACAUCAGAGACCUGCAGUCCAACGUUGAGCACUUGACGGAGAAAAUGAAGACCAGCAUUCAGAGGGGCUUGGUGCUGAGGAACGAGAACUGCAAUGAGAACUUCACCACAGACUUCAUCUACCAGCUGUACUCGGAGGAGGGGAGAGGCGUGUUUGACUGCAGGAAGAACGUCCUCGGACACAUGCAGCAGGGAGGUGCACCCUCUCCAUUUGACCGGAACUUUGGAACCAAGAUUGCAGCCAAAGCCAUACAGUGGAUCUCAAGAAAGCUCAAGGAGUCCUACAAAGAAGGGAAGGUGUUCACUAACUCAGACGACACGGCCUGCCUGCUGGGCAUGCGGCGCAGAGCCUUGCUCUUCCAACCUGUGGUGCAGCUCAGAGACGAGACAGACUUUGUCCACAGGAUCCCUAAGGAGCAGUGGUGGCUGAAGCUGCGUCCUCUGAUGAAGAUCCUGGCCAAGUACAAGACCAGCUACGACGUCUCAGACUCUGGCCAGCUGGAACAUGUGACCCGCAUCCGUCCCAAAGAGAGCGACACCUCUGCCAUCUAAACCAGAACCAGGCCAGGCCCAGGGCCAGGGCAACCUUGAGGGAAGUCCCAGAGUGUGGAUUAAUGAGUUAGCCAGAUUGCACAUUUUCCAAUGUAGCUAGAAAUAUUGCACUAGUAGUACAUUAAGGACAGCCAUUGGGUAUUUGACUGUUACCUAACUACACCUACAACAACCUGCAUUCUAGCUUUCCCCCCAAAAAAGUAUAUCUGGCUGUUUUGAAUAGUUUUAUAAAAGUUGUCUGGCUAACUUAGCAGUCCUCCUUUGUGGAAAAACACCCCAAAAAAGACUGGCUUGUUUUAGGAAGGAGAGGAGUUGGCUCAAUCAGUGUAUCUUCUAGUGCUUUCUGUCCCACAGUGAUGUGCUCCCAAAAGCUGCUCAUAGGAACACCAGAGAAGUUUACUGUGAACAUAACACCCUGUCCCUACGCUGGUGAAAAUCUAAAUGACUUGAUAUGUGUGAGUAAGGCAGAAGAUUCCAACUAAACUCAGAAAGCUAGGGCUAACUGUUUUCCCGUCUUCUUACAGAAUACUUGGAUGUUUCGAUAUGCUUCCAGUAGGUGCUUGCUCUUGUUUAACCAUGACAUUUUCUCCUUUUGGCAAUAUCUCUGCCAUGAUCAGAAGGGAAGGCUAGUUGUGUGUCUCCAGUCACUUGAUGUGUGUGUGUGUGUGUGCUGUGAUGUCACUUGUUGCUAUUUGUGUCAAUCAUGGGCUUAUAUGUGGCAUUCACCAGUAAAGUAUACUAGAUAGGUUCAAGGCAAGGCAUUUGUGAACCCUAUUAUGCAAUAUAACCUUGUUUUAAUGUGUUGACUGCGGUGAGU